AUGCUACCUGAGUCUGUGCCUGUGGUUGGUGAGUCUUCUGUUCCUGCUUCUUCAAUCGUACAUACACCUCGAGUUCCUGAGACUACUGUGUCGGAUAUGGAUUCAGAUAACCGGGAUGAUGUUCCUCUAGCUCGAUUGUUGAAGAGGACUUUAAUUCCAGAUGUUUCAGAUAAGCUUCGUGUUGAUCCCCCUAGUUCCAUUCAUUCACAGGAAAGUUCGUUAACUAAAGGAGUAUUUAUUCCUACUCCUAGUAUUCCCCCAGCAUCUAAAGUUCAACCUGGGCCGUCAUCUCGUUCCCUUCCUUCAUCGCCACUUCCAUUUGCUUCGGUGGAACCUCCACACCCUGAUAUAUGCACUGAAGAAGUCCCUACCAAUGAUGAUGAAAAUCUUGCUGUUCCACCUACUUCUAUUGAUAUCCACGUUGCACCUAAGCCAGCGAAGAGGAAAUCUCAACAAAAUAGGCGUAAUAUAACUACCAAAACAGGUAGAAAGAAGAUUUCUCCAAAUAUUCCUUUUGUCCCCAUUGAUGGAAUAUCCUUUCAUCACGAGGAGAGUGUCCAGUGUUGGGAGUUCAUGGUGCAGCGAAAGAUAACAUAUGAGGUAAAUAUUUCUGACAAACAUCAAUUCUGCAUGAGUAUUAUGGACCUUAUUGAAAAGGCUGGUUUAGCAAAAACUAUUUUGAAUGUCGGAAAUGUUAUUGAUGUUAACUGUUCUCCAUCGUCUCCUUCCACUGAUGUUCUGGCUUCUGUCUUAUUUGGUGGGACUCUGUCCACAUGGUCUGUCAAUGGAAUUACUGCAGCCGCUCUCAGCAUCAAAUAUGCCAUCUUGCAUAAGAUUGACAUUGCUAAUUGGUUCCCAUCCUCUCAUGCCUCCAGUGUAUAUGCUGCCUUAGGAACAUUUUUUUAUCAAAUCUGUAAUGAUAAUAAGGUGGAUACGGUUGAUGCUCCUCGACCUGACCUUAAAACAUUAGCCCUUAGCUACAGACUCUUUCAUGGCAGUCGUGUGCCUAUAUUGAUCAUGAUAUGCAUCCAUCUCGUGGCCCGCGCAUUUUCGAUACUAGUGACUGGGAUAAGUCUACUGAAGUUAGAGAUUGAUGCUCUCGUUCGUCACUUGAAGACUUUUGCCUCAAUUACUAGUCGUAGAGAGCUACCUACUGAUUCGUGUAAUAUUUUUUUGUUCAAAGGGGGAGUCAGUGCUGGGUGCAGAGUGCUGUCAUGA